AUGUUUAGGCAGACCAGGAAGCCUGGACCGGCUGGCCCUGUAGGCCCGCAAGGACCACAAGGCCCUCAGGGAACAGGUUAUACCCCAGGACGACCAAGUACCCCUGGUACAGGAACAGGCUAUCCCGGAGGCGGCUAUGCACCAGCAGGACGUCCAACAGGACCUACUUUCGGCCCUGGGGCAUCAGGACCAUCUCGGCCAGUAACUCCUACUGGAGGAUAUCCGGGAGCUCCUGGUGGACCCGCGGGUCCAGGUGGACCAAGUCCUGGCGGAUUUCCUAGUGGACCAGGACCAAGCGCAGGUUACCCUGGAGGUCCUGGAAAACCCGGAACCCAAGGUUUUCCUGGAGGACCAGGAGGACUUCCAAGUCGUCCAAGCAGCCCAGCACCAGGUGGAUACCCCAGCGGGAGACCUAGCGGACCCGGUUUUCCUGGCGCGCCAGGAUUCCCAGGAGCACCAGGGCGUCCCGGUUUUCCAGGAGUACCAAGUGGACCAGGAGGACCAGGAGGACCUGGAGGACCUGGAAGACCUGGAGGACCAAGCGGUACAGGCGCACCAUCAGCUCCAGGUGGAUACCCAGGCGGUGGAUAUGCUCCAGCCGGAAAGCCAUCUGGCCCAACAUUCGGUCCCGGAUUCCCAUCUCGACCAUCCACUCCCGGCACCGGAUAUCCAAGUGUGCCCGGUACUCCAGGAACUCCGAGUGCACCUGGAGGUGGAUUUCCUAGUAGACCGGGAGUCCAGGGCCAAGCGGCGGUUAUCCAAGUGGACCAGCAGGUUUGUCCAUCACGACCCGGAACUCCAGGAACAAGUGGUGGAUAUCCAAGUGGACCAACAGGAUCAGGUGGAUUCCCAGGAAGACCUGGUAGCCCGGGACCUGCAGGCCCGAGUACAGGUUAUCCAGGUAGUAGACCUGGCGGACCUCAAGGGCCACAAGGACCACAAGGCCCAUCAGGAUAUCCGGGCGGGCGACCGAGCACACCUGGAUCUGGAACAGGAUACCCAGGAGGAGGCUAUGCACCAGCAGGAAAACCUGCCGGUCCAACAUUUGGCCCUGGUGGACCCAGUGGUCCUGGAUAUCCUGGUUCUCCAGGUACUGGAGGAGCCCCCGGAAGACCAGGAACUCCAGGAGCCGGCGGUCCCGGAUUUUCUGGUAGACCAGGAAGCCCAAGCCCAAGUGGAGGUUACCCCGGUAGCCCGGCAGGACCUGCAGGGCCUGGUGUGAGACCAGGAGGAUAUCCCAGUGGCCCAGCGGGUACCAGUAGACCAGGUGGAAUAGGCGGGCCAUCAGGUUUUCCAAGUAGACCAAGUAGCCCAGCCCCAGGCGGAUAUCCUGCAGGACCUGGAGGAUUCCCAAGUAAACCAGGGAGCGCAGGUCCAAGCGGGGGAUAUCCAGGAGGACCCGCGGGUCCAGGCGGACCUGGUGGACCUGCUGGUGGUUAUCCAGGAACAAGUGGCAGACCAAGUCCCACUUACAGACAACCAGGAGGUGUAGGACCAGGAGGUCCCGGUGGUCCAGGAGGGCCUGGAGGGCCAAGUGGAAGACCUGGUGGUGUAGGAACAAUUGGCGGAAUUGGACCUGGUGGUCCAAGUGGUCCCAGUGGCGGAUAUCCUAGUGGCCCAAGUGGGCCCAGUGGAGGAUUUCCUUCAGGACCAAGUGGAGGCUUUCCCUCGGGGAGGCCUGGCUCGCCAGGACCUAGUGGCGGGUACCCGGGUGCGGGAUACCCGGGCAGACCUGGAAGUCCUGGCCCUAGUGGGCCAUAUUCUGGGGGUCCAAGUGGCCCAACUGGAGGAGUUGGAGGCGUGGGCGGUGUAGGAGGUGUAGGUGGAAUAGGUCCACAAGGACCUUCAGGAGGUUUUCCGCAAGGGCCAUCUGGUGGUUUUCCGCAAGGUCCAUCAGGAGGAUUUCCUCAAGGACCAUCCGGUGGAUUCCCACAAGGUCCACCCGAUGACCGACAAUAUGAAGGAGGAGACUAUAGCGCAAUACCCGGAGAACCUGGAACGGAUUAUCCGGUAUUCACAGAAAUUUUCCAAACAUCUUUUACAUGUGAUAGCCAACAAUAUCCUGGCUAUUACGCAGACGUCGAAGCAAAUUGUCAAAUUUUCCAUAUUUGCGCAAAUAACAAAACUUAUGACUUCAUAUGUCCAAAUGGCACUAUCUUCAGUCAAGAACAUCUUGUGUGUGUUUGGUGGUAUCAAUUCGAUUGCUCAUCAGCACCAGGGUUAUAUGGAAAUAAUGCAAAUAUCUAUGACUAUUCCCAAAUGGGAUACAAACCUAGCUAUCCAAGUCAGGCGCCAAGUUACCAAAGCGGUGGCGUAGGCGGCACUGGUGGCACAGGUGGAAUUGGAGGCGUCGGUGGUGUAGGUGGGACUGGCGGCACAGGUGGAAUUGGAGGAGUCGGUGGAGUUGGAGGUUCUGGCCCAUCAGGAGGUUUUCCUACAGGAGGAGUUGGUCCUCAAGGACCAUCAGGCGGAUUUCCACAAGGUCCAUCCGGAGGCUUUCCGUCAGGCUCGAAGGGUCCACAAGGUCCGUACCCAAGUGGACCGCAAGGACCAUCUGGUGGAUUCCCUAGUGGUCCCCAAGGACCUUCAGGUGGAUUCCCCAGCGGUUCCCAAGGUCCUUCAGGUGGAUAUCCAAGCGGAGCACCAGGUCCUUCAGGUGGAUAUCCAAGCGGAGCAACAGGUCCUGCCGGUCGUCCAGGCGGCCCAGGAAUACCUGGAGGAGCGGGUGGUCAAGGAUACCCAGGUGCCCCAGGAUAUCCAAGCGGCGGUAGACCAAGCUCUACUUACGGACAGCCAGGCGGUGUAGGAGGACCAGGAGGAGUUGGUGGUAAACCUGGAUCACCAGGUGGACCAGGAGGAUUUCCUAGCGGCGGACGUCCCAGCACUGACUAUGGAGCACCAGGAGGUCCUGGCGGCCCGAGUGGUCCUGGAGGAUUUGGGGGUCCAGGAGGUCCUGGAGGAUUUGGCGGCCCAGGAGGUCCAGCAAGUGCAGGAAGACCAAGCCCAAGUUAUGGCACACCAGAUUAUGCAAUUCAAUUAGGAGGCCAAGGAGCUCCAGGUGGUCCAGGAACUUAUCCAACUGGAGGUUCUCCUGGUAGUCCAGGUGCCCCUGGAGGCCCGAGCGGUUAUCCAAGCGGUCGACCAGGCGGGCCAGGCGGUCCAGGUGGUCCAGGUACACCAGGUACGCGACCGUCAACAAGUUAUGGAGCACCAGGUGGUCAAGGCGGCCCAGGAGCGCCAAGUAGCGGGAAACCAUCAACUGGUUACGGAACUCCAGGAGGUAGUGGUGGGCCUGGUGGGCCAGGUGGCCCGGGAGGUCCAGGUGGAUACCCAAGCGGAGGUCGACCAGGUGGACCAGGUGCAGGUGGACCAGGAUUCCCUGGAGGACAAGGAGGACCAGGGGGUGUAGGUGGAUUCCCAACCAGACCUUCAACGGGUUAUGGUGUACCAGUUUUAAUCGCAUCCGAUACCAUUUUAUUAGGUGGACCUGGUGGUCCAGGAAUUGCAGGAAGUACAGGAGGUCCGGGCGUUCCAGGUGGUUUUCCAAGCGGCGGUCGACCGGGAGGACAAGGAGGUCCAGGUGGACCAGGAACACCAGGAAGUCCAGGAGCUCCAGGCGGUUCGGGAUACCCAGGUACAAGUCGGCCAUCAACAAGUUACGGAGCACCGGGAAGUCCCGGCGCACCAGGCACAUCAUCGCUCCCAUCCAGACCUUCAAGUCCUGGAGGUUUCCCCGGAGCACAACCGCCACGACCUGGAGGUUUUCCACCAGCACCAGCCGGUCCAACGCCCAGCUCUCAACGUCCAGGCUUCCCACCAAAACCAGACGGCCCAGACAGGCAGUAUCUUCCUCCAAGUUCGGGUUAG